AUGCGCACCCUAGCACAGGACAUGGAGCGGACGAUGAAUGCGCUUUUUCUGGACGUCGAGUUUUCAGAUUGGCCGCUCCUGGAGACGCUCAUGAUGGGCUACGAGGACGCUUUCUUGGGGUCACUGGAAAACUCGUUCGUCACGCAACUCUAUCCUAGCAUCUACGGAGACGAUUUUCCCGACAUCAUUCUGCAAAACGUCUUUCCGCCUCCGAAACCCGUGGUGGCAUUGGCCGGAGAGAGCAAGUUCAUCUAUAGUGCCCUUGACAGCCACAUAACAGGCUCUCUGCACUUUCGUAUGGACUACAUUAAACGACAUGUGCCAAAGUCAGCUGCACUAACGGAUAAAUCUUCUGCUCUUGCCUACGAGGGCUCGGGAUUCAAGCAGGUGCCGCAAGAGCGUGUGCCAAACUUGCCUGCAUCUAGGGAAGAGGCAGAAAAGUCGUAUUUUCAGGGAUUUCCCGCGAAGGCCACUUCUACAUUGCGGAAGCCACAGCCCCCCAAGCCUUCUCCGGCUAAGCAUCUUUCUUCAAAUGACCGUCUUGCACUGUUCAAUCGCAAGGAAUCGGAACGCAGAAGUACGUUGCCUAAGGAAAAACCCGCCAGCAGAAUACAGGAAAGACCGAAUUGCGCCGCCUCGAUGCAUGUCCUGGGACCUUUGAGCAGUACUAAGUCCGCCAUUAAAUAUAUAGCUUCAAGCACUCAGUCUUUGAAGGACUCUGCGAGUCUUUCCAUGAGCAAUUUAUCGGUGACCAAUACAACCGCAGGAGCAAGUGUUGAGUUGCAUGCCAGCCCUUCGAAUUUUCAAGACAGUCAAGUGGCCGACCCUAUCUGCAGAACCCUCAGCACCGAUAGGCCAGCCGAACUGAAAGCAGCCUUGGUCGUCCAAUCUGUGUACAGAAUGCUCACUCGGCGCACUUGGUUUGUGACCAUCCGGCUUGCAGCCCUGGCUUUCCAGGCUCACUACAGAGGCUCCUUGGCCAGGUGUGCCUAUGCAGAGCGCCGUGCAAAGGUAGCGGACAGGGCACGCAAUACUUUCUUGAAGCAUCAAGAAGCAUUCCUGGCCAAGUUGUGUGCCUUGAGCGUGGCGCGCCGCUCGUCUAGCGUGGCUUAUGAUGCAUUUAUCUUCUCUAAGCAUAAAUACAAUGAACCUAUUGUUAGUUACUUCAUGCCGGUCUGCUAUGAUAGAGUAGAAAGGGUGCUCUUUGAUGAUGCGCGGUCCCGGCAGACAGGGGCCCUAGAGAUUCGGCCUCGAAAGUUCACCGUACCCAUCGUUCUUCUGUCUACGCCCGCAAGCGUCGGAGGCGAGUCUGCGAUUCUCUUCAACUCCUACAGUACCCCGAGCAUGGGCUUUUCCUUCUGCCCGCUCAGUCUCGUUCACUUCCUACUCGACCCAACUGUUCUAAAGCUCGUUGUUGUGGCUGAGCAUUCUGUCUCUCUUGCAUAUAUAGAAUCUAUUCUAACUGGUAUUACCCAAGAGUCUAUGCUCCUUAAAAGGAACCAGAUGCUCCACAGCUUGCUGCGCUGUCCUAGCCCAGAGGUGCCUUCCAGACACAGCUCUCCACUCCACGCCAACAAGACUCUCAGUGAUACGCCAGGUCCCCGGGCCUCUCAGACCUCCCCGACUCCCUUCACCGAGGCCUAUCCUGAUUCAGUUACGCAUGGCGCAGCCUCAGCGUCAACUCACGCUGACGGCUCCUCUUUAGCUGGCAACUAUCAAAACCUCUUUUUCCCAGCUCAGCUAUCCACUCUUGUUAAGACUAAGCUGGUGAUUAUUCACCCUACUCUCUUGUCAACGCUGGAGGCGAACGCAUUCGACCGCCCUGUCACCCUAUCUUAUACAGGGUCUAUCAUCUCACUGCUUCUGUCGUCUCCAGAUACUAUCGAAGAGCUACAAAGAGCCGUUGAUAAGGUGUGCUUGGAAGCCUUGCGACUACAAGGCUCCAAAGACCUAGAGAUUCUGCCAUACUUCUCUUCCAACAUCGACUCCGUCUCGGAUUUUGAGCUUUAUGCUCUCACCAGGACGUUCAGGUUACCGACAACAAUGCUUCUUCAUAGCCAGCGAAUUAAUUGCAGAGACCUUGUCCUCACGUCCAUCCAUGAGUCGCAAAUCUUCGCUGUUGAGUCUAUUUCCGAACUCCACAAGUAUCUAAGAAACGAGAGAUCGGUUUCCAGCGAUACGGAGUACAUCAUUGCACCCUUCACUCCUGGCCUUGCUAACGUCUUUUCAGAAGCUGUGCUGUAUGGGCUGGCAGGGAUGCGAUCGUACUGUCUUACACGAGAGUCUAAGCAUACUCGGCGAAUCAUGCUGUAUCCCAUCCUCCCGAUCACAGAUGCAGAGCAACCCCACGAACGAGUGGUGAAGAACAUAUGUUCAAGUCUAGGGGUGGGCGAUUAUUACAUCUUAUCAGCAAGAAAAGCGGAUUUGCAGCAAUCCUUUGUGGCUGCGCGGCUUAUCAUUUACAUAGAACCUUCCGAGCGGCCCGUUGUGACAUACUUGGGCUCUAGUGUUGACAUUUCUUCCUCACUGGCAGGGACGCAUCUUCCUACACGGUCCUUUGGCACCAUAUCACCUGCUCCAGACUCUAUCUAUUUCACCCUAAAGAGGCAGUCAGCCAACACUAUUGCUAAGCUGAUUGACUAUGGAAUUCACGGCGUAGUGGUCCUCCACUAUCUUUAUGCCGAGGGUACGAAGGUUUCGGCAGGAGAAAGCCAACAUCUAAGCAACAUAAGCGUGGGAAGUACUUCCACGCGUAGCACCCUCCCCUCCACGGCAUCCCCGUCUAUAAGAUCGCCGGCCACGCAGUCGAUGAGCGUCAGCCCGAAUCCUUUCCAAGUUUUAUCUGCAAGCGACUGUGUUAAGGUUUAUGACAGUGAAGUGGCGCACUUCAAUAGCCUUUUGUCUCCGACAGUCUUUGGCACCACAAGGACAAGACCUCCUUGUUCCAGCCUUAAUGCGCAAACGCGUGGCGAUGAAUCCGUGUCUCCCUCUAUCAACGACCGCGUCUAUACCAGCCAGAGCGGGAGCACAGCGGUUCUCGUUAACAUAUCGUUCGGGUUCACUCCCGGUAUCUGCCAUCUUUAUUCGGCAAUGGCCCUUGCAGACCUCUCGUGGGACAGCAUCAACGGGGUUCUAAGUCGCAAUGACACUUCCCUUGUGAAACGACAGAUCACUAAGGCCCCGAUGGUGGUUCUUUCGCUUCCCUUCCUCUGGCAUCGCGACCUUCAGACCAUCAACAGAACGGCCUUUAUGGUGGCCUUGAUGAAAGAGGGGAUCGUCUUUGAUUCACUCACGCGGACCGGCACCCUCUUUGACUGGAACCCGGCAAGCUCGUCGUUUGGUGUCUUUGGUGUCUACCAAAACCCCCUGCUAGCUGUCCAGCAAAUGGCGCGGCUCACAGACAUCACUCUUGCCACGAUCCACAAUGCGCAUCCGACGUCUGUAAGCUCCGUGACGACGAGGCUCAACUCACUGCACUGUGAAUCAGAGGUCAACGGAAAGGCGUACGCGCGCCUCCGGACGGCGCACAUGUCGACGAACCUGCAAGACUGCGGAGCCGCCCUGAAGGCGAUGCUGCCGCACCUGCAGCCGGUCGAUUAA